AUCUGCAAUCUUCUUUUGACCAACACCGCUAUUCCCGGACACGAUCCUGAUUCCUGAACUCUUCGGCGAGAGAAUAAUGGAGUCUGGGCCACUAUCGGCAUCAGAGAUCGCGGCGAAGUUGAAUCUGCAGCCUCACCCUGAAGGUGGAUUCUUCGCCGAGACUUUCCGUGAUGGCUCCGUUCAACUUCUCAAGUCGCAGCUCCCACCUGAAUAUAAAGUUGACCGCCCAGUGUCUACUUGCAUAUACUUUCUGCUUCCGUCGGGGAGCGUGUCUCGCCUGCAUCGUAUUCCCUGUGCUGAAACCUGGCAUCAUUACAUAGGAGAACCUCUUACGGUAGUGGAAAUAAAUGAUAAAGAUGGAAGUCUCAAGUUUACCUGCCUUGGACCCAAUCUGGCUGAUAAUCAGAAGCCACAGUACACAGUGCCUCCCAAUGUGUGGUUUGGUUCAUUCCCAACAAAGGAUUUUGACAUAACGCCAGAUGGGUCUAUGCGAGGAACUCCUCCUAGAGAUCGUGAGAGCCAUUACUCUCUAGUAGGUUGCACUUGUGCCCCUGCCUUUCAGUUCCAAGAUUUUGAGCUGGGAAAACGUUCUGUUCUCAUUUCUCAAUUCCCCCACUUGGAAUCUCUCGUCAAUGCUCUCACGUAUCCUGAUUCCUGAGCUAGUCACUGAGUUUGAGAAACUAUUUUAAGCUUGUGGUAUUGGUUGCCAGAUAUCAAACCUCUUGUUCUCGUUGGUUCCCUUCUAUUCAGGUGUGGAUUACUUCUGUAUUUUGUAAAAUCUGAAUAUUUAGACCUUCAGGAGAAUCAAAUAAUUGUUUUUCAUACACUUAUUUCAA